CAUGGCAGCUGCCCCGGCCGGGCAGCAGACCCCAGUCUUGCCGCGGCGGUCGCCGAGUGCGCGACGGCUCCGUUUACCUUUUUCCCCCAUCGCGUUCUCGCUGCUCUUUUUUGUCCGCGCCGCUCCGAGAUCGUAACCGCGGAGCGGCGACCUCCGGCACUCAGUGGGUGAUACACACUCUGAUAAAACGCCGCGUCGUUUUCUUGGUGAAAGCCCGGUCCAGCACCCCCCGGUGCCGUGGGGAUCUCAGUGGAGUUGACGGAGUCAGCGAACGACGUCGAACGCGCGAUCCGGAUCGUCCGCCGCGACAGAAAUGUAGUACGAGCUGGAGAUGGGCUAGGGGGAUUCGACGCGCUCGCAGAGGGUAGGAGGGAGCGCGUGGUAUAGUGGAAGAUGGACCCGUGCGAAGAGGGCCGCGCGACAGAGACGAGGCUCGCCGAAGCCGCGGAUUCGAUCGCGUAUCGCGCGCCACGCGGCAUUAGGAUGCAGUGAUCGGGGGAGGGUGGUGGUGUGGUGGUGCGAGGAGGUCAGGCGAGAGGAGGUCCGCGAGAGUGGACGACGACGAUGCAUCACACCGGCGGCGGCGGCGUCGGUGGUGGUGGUGGUGGUGGUGGUGGUGGUGGUGGCGGCGUCGGCGGCGGCGGCGGUGGUGGUGGUGGCGUUGGCGCCGGUUACGCAGGUGGCCCGCAGGAGCGCGUUCAUCAGGCUCCGCGACCGGUCCAGCCCGACGCGAAGUGUCCCUACGAGACCUACCAGGCGCAAAUCCCGGACUGCUGCGCGGCCGCGGUAGCGGCGCAAGAUCCGUAUCCACGGCCGCCUAGCGGCUACGACACCAGGUGUUACGACGAGUGCCAUCGCAGGACACCGUACCAGGAGGAGCCUUAUUCUCAGGAUGUAUCCUCGACAUUCCACCGGUCCCAGUCUAGACUGGGCUACGAGGAACGUCCUCAGUCCCGGGUGGGAUACGCCUCGGAUUCCAGGUGCGCCAGCGGGCUCGGGUACGACGACACCGGUGGGGGUUACCUGGAUCAGAGUGACCCGAGAAUGUAUUGCACCGGCGGCUAUUGCAUGGGAGAUAUGGCGACGAGCAGAGGCGUACACGGCGAGGAGGUCGAGCUCGACAUGCGGAGGCACAUUCAGGCAUGCGCCUGCACAUGCAACCACAUGGGCUACGGGAAUUACAUGGACUAUCAGACCACGUGCCUAACAGAACUGCCAGACGUGGCGCCUUGCAACGGCACCGUGCGGCUACCGCCGCCGUGCGAGGACUCGCCUAGCAGCGGCAGCAGCAAGGAUCGCAGAGACGAGAGUCCUCGCAGGAGGUGUCGGGUGUUGGCGCCUGUCCUGCUCCUAGUGGUCGUCCUGCUCCUCGGAGGCCUCUGUCUGCCGUUUCUACUACAAUCCGCGCCUGCCACGCACCAGCAGAGGCUGGACGUGAUCAGGAGGAUCCUCACUGAAGUGCCUCUGAUCGACGGGCACAACGAUUUGCCCUGGAAUGUCAGAAAGUUCGUACACAAUCAACUUGGCGAAGUCAACCUGAGCAGCGAUCUCGGCAGGGUCGACCCUUGGGCCAGAUCAGACUGGAGUCACACGGACAUCCCUAGAUUACGCGCUGGCCUCGUCGGUGCACAGUUUUGGUCCGCCUAUGUUCCUUGCGGUGCCGCUCAGUUAAAUGCAGUUCAACUCUCGUUGGAACAGAUCGACGUGAUUCGUCGACUCGCCGAAAUGAAUGCUCAACAUUUAACCCUGGUUACCUCCGUCAAAGGUCUCAUCGAGGCGCAUAGAGAAGGCAAGAUCGCAAGUCUAAUCGGAGUGGAAGGUGGUCAUUCCCUGGGGAAUUCCUUGGGUGUCCUUAGAACGUUUUACGGUCUGGGAGCACGAUAUCUUACUUUGACACAUGCGUGCGACACCUCCUGGGCAGUCUGUUCUGUUGGCGAGACGAACAACACUCAGGACUCCACGCCGGGCCUCAGCGAAUUUGGGAAAGCAGUCGUCAGAGAAUUGAACAGGCUGGGCAUGUUGGUCGAUCUCUCGCAUGUUUCGACCAGAACGAUGAGGGCGGCCCUGCAGACGACGAGGGCGCCGGUGAUCUUCUCGCACAGCGCCGCCAGGGCACUGUGCAAUUCCACCAGAAACGUGCCGGACGAUGUACUCAGAAAUCUGGCUAAGAAUGGCGGAGUGGCGAUGGUCCCUUUUUAUACCUACUUCAUAACAUGCAACAGCACCGCCACUAUAAAAGACGUUAUUGCACACAUCAAUCAUAUUCGGAAGGUGGCGGGAAUCGAUCACGUUGGGAUAGGAGCGGGUUUCGACGGGAUAAAUUUCACUCCCACGGGUUUAGAAGAUGUCUCGAGGUAUCCGCAACUAUUGGCCACCUUGCUGGAGGAUCCCACAUGGACGGAGGAAGACAUCAAGAAACUAGCCGGCCUCAACUUGCUGAGGGUAUUCGCGAAAGUCGAGCAGGUUCGUGACGAGUGGCACCGAGCGGCGGUGUUACCCGUGGAGAAGAUCAGCCCGCCGGACAACUCGGCCUGCGUCUAUGGCGCGUCCUGAUCCUCUUUGAGGACAAUUGUGCCGGGAUUUCUCGACUUUGCGCGGCCGCCGAAGAUCCUGGGGAUGCCGCAUUAUUAUUACUGGGGCCUGUAAGGAUAUAACGUGCCCCGAAUCGCCAAAGGAAUCUGCACUCCGUAAGAGGGCUCCGCGGAAUAUCCACCAACGGAAAUGACCGACCAAUCUACACCGAAAGAACUGCCGACUUCUACUUCAGGGACUUCCGUCGCGCCUUAACGAGAGAGACGAAGAUUCAGCGCGGGAAUGCGACCGGUCCUUCAAAAUUAAUGGCGUCGAGGAUCCUUCGGAGACGCCUUUGGAACGGCGAGUCAGUCCUGCGAAUCGCCGUUCGGAAAAAAAAGAUCUCAAACGUUAGCCUUAGUAAAUUGCGAUCGCAUUUGAGAAACAAUUAUCCGCCUCCUACAAGCACCACUUGUUUUUGUGAUAUUGGACACGAAUUAGUAACCUCAUAAUGUUAAAGAAAGAUUAAUGACUGUUUCUAACUCGGUGUACUUCUUCCGCGCGCUUGCAAAUUAUUCGGCAUAAUUUUGUGAUCAUUUGUCAGGCGUCCAGACUUUGAACUUGGCUUAAUAAUCCGGACACUUAUUCAUUAUUUCGCAAUCUGCAUCACUAACAUUACGUUAGAACAUAUAUUUUACUUACGCCAUGCAAUACAUUUAAUCUUAUGUUAAUUUUUCUCGUGUCAAUUUUUCAAAUACACAAUAAUAACUAAAAACCUAUAUAUAGGAAACACGAAAGUUUACAAGUACAGUUUUAUAAUUUCGUUUUAUAAACUCGAGUUUUUAAUUCAAGAUAAAUUUGCAAAAAAAAAUAUUUGUUACGUACUCAGCUUACAUAAAUUAUUUUGCUAAUCGCAAAGGCGAUCGGAAGGAUUCUCGAAAAACAUGUUAUCGGAAGAAAUAAAAGGUCUUAUUCUCAACUGUACAUUUAAUACCAAGUAUGGUCGGCUGAUUCUCAUAUCAUGUUUCCAACACGUGCAACAAGAUCUUCGUGUAUUAAAUUAAUAGAACAGAAUCAGGCGGCCAUAUUUAGCAUUAAAUGUGCAAGAAUUGACGGGCAAACUGCAAGUGACAAUUAUACGUGAUUAAUCCUAUAAGAUUUCUUGCAUUUAAAGCCGUUUAAAGCGUUAAGAACCCAAGUAGUUCGAAUGGAGCACACAAUUAUCGUCUCAGGCGUUAUAUGUAUAUCGUUCUUUAUACUGCGACCAGAGAACGAUCGUAAAUCACUGUCAUACACCAAACUAAAGAGAUAAAUCGUACUUUUAUCAUUUUUAGAUGAAUUAACGAUACUAUACUAUAUUAAAAAUAUCCUGCGCGUCCUAAGAAAUAUUUGAAUUCAAUCUUACAUUAUACGAAAAUCGUAAAAAUUAAUAGAUCUUUACACCGACCCCCUUCCCCCUCUGGACAUUUAUUUUUUUUUCACACAGGCUUAUAUGUCCUUUUUUUAAAUACAAUCAAAUUACCAGAAAAAUCUUUUCUCAAAAACUUGCAUCUUUUAUUUUUUAUUUUUGUAUUAUUGUCCUAGUUGUAAAAAUCUUUCGAAAUUUUCCAACAAAUAGAUUUUAUGAGUUUUUUAAGCAUUUUGCUAUUAAGUUUCUCAUGACAGAGGGGAAGCACAGUUAAAUAAAAAAUUUCUCACCCUUUUUUAAUUUGCAAUAUUAAAUAAUAAUAUACAUAGAUAUGGGAUAGACGAAAAUUUUUCAUAACGUUUACUUAAGAUUAAAUGUAGAUUAAGAUUUCGUUACUUGUUUGUACUUUUCAAAGAUAAUAUAUGAAAGAUUACUCAUAUCCAAUCGCUUAUAAUUGAGAGAUUAUUAAUAUUUCGAUAGUUUUUAAGAUGACUCCAAAUUCGUCAAUGAAUUCGCCAUCAAUGGUGUUUGUCAGUGUAAUUUUAAAACGCCCUAUACAUGAAUAUCGAAUCAGACAAGUGCGCUUAUGAUAUGCGAAUAUACCGAAAUCUCUAGCGGCAGAAGAUUGAGAGUGCGAGAGAGAUAUUAAAUUUCUAACGAUUAAUUAAAUCUUCGAAGCUCCCAUGCGUCAAUGAAAAGAAGAAUGGAAAGAACAAACUGGUCGUUUUGUAGAGAGUUCUAUUACAAUAGACAACAACGCAACGAAGCGAAAUUUCCAGUUAAUCUCGCAAAUUCCAUUUUGAUCUUUCAAAAAUUGAAAGAACUCGCUACUUUCUGUAAGAUACAAACUUAACACUUGUCCAGACACGCGCUGUAAUAAAGGCACAACGCUUCUCAACUGAAUCGCAUCGCCAGAGAAUAUACCGUCUAUUCUCGAAAUCUGUUUAGACACGCCGCUUGAUCACGCUUACGAGUGUGUAUGUAAAAUACGACUCGUUGCCGAUAUUAAUUCACUGCCAAGCUACACUUGUAACGAACACCUUGACUCACAUCAGUAACAUUUUCAGUUUCGAAAACGUAAGCAGAGGCGUUACGAUGACGACUUGACGAUUCAAUUAAUAAUUCAACAGAAUUCUUUAUGAUGAUUUGCGACCGAUACACUUCGACAUAUCCGCAUAGACAAGCUUUUCGAAGUGUGAUGGAUCGGUUAUUACGCUACCUCGCACAAUUUCGUUCGAAACCUAUCGCUGUACUUGCACGAACCGUCGUCCUGAAUCGUCCUACAGCCACAAGUGCUUUGAGAACAAAAACGUCGAUUUAACAAAUCACUUGCAGCGCGUAACGCGACCUAUACUCUUCGGAAGCUAUCGCUAAUACACGACAAGCCGUUCGUUUUGAAAAUGGCGUGUAACAGUUUCUAGAAGUAGAACUUGAUAAAUCAGAAUUUAGGAUUCGUCAGACUCGGACUUAACGCCACUUUCAAAACAACCGUACGACCAAGAACUCCUGGAUGCGUCGCGGAUAGUUUUUCGUGACUUCUCUCAGGGCUGUGAUAUUUUCCGCGGGCCUCGUGAAACAUUUCGUGCUUCCAUCUAAAAAAAAAAAAUUAAUAAAACAAAAAUCGAGGCGCGUCGCAGAAGGGGAAAAAAUGUAUCGACGAAGAGAGUCGCAUUUAUAUACGAUUAUUACGAGUCGAAGACGUAGGUACGUUACGCUCAACAAUCCGUUAAAACGAUAGUCGGUUUAGCUAACACGACAGGAUGCCCGUUGACAGAAAAAAAUGUAGGUACUUCGUAAGACAUAUUUCAGAGACGUAUCUCCGAAGCCUCGGGAGGGCUCGAAAGGUUCACCAGGAAACUUUUGGUAUUAUAAAUAUAAUUUUUAAUUUCGUACCUUGUUACAAAUCACACAUAGUCUUGUAAACGCUUUUAUAGUUAUUCAGAAAGUUUAUAAUAAGGUAUAAACCUACAGCUCAAUCGACCGUCAUACCGCUUCAAUCGAACCGCGGGGCGAACCGCGAGGCGAGAAGAAUUACGCAUUUCGUCGAUGCGCCGAGAUUUUCCGAUCACGACUUUAAUAUCGCGAUUAAGUAGUAGCGGUAUUGAAAGGAUAGAUCCGUAAAGCGAGGAAGAUAAGAAGCAUAACGUAGUCUAGCGUGGACUGUACAUCUAAUACGGGAGAUUUUUCGAUACGUACUAAACACUUUUAACGCGAAAAUACGCGCGCGUACACACACACACACACACACACACACACACACACACACACACACACACACACACACAUAUAUACAUUUUUGUGAGAACAAUCGAUGCCUUCGACAACUCGCGGCGCUGCACCACGAGGAUUUUCGUCCGCACAAAGUUCGUCUAAGAAACUCUUGACAAGGAACACGCUUUUACAACGCAAGGAAAAAAAAAGUUUAAUGAACAUGAGUUUAAUAAACUUAGUCGUUAAUUAAAAAUGUAUUGUUGGCUGUACGUACCCCGCGGCACAACAUUCGAAUACCUUGAUUCAGCAAGAAAGGCGAAGACCUUUUUUUCCCUCGAAAUACAUAAACCUAACAACAUGCAUUUAUCUCCCAGGAGAUCUAGGAAAUACGAAUGAAAAUUGUCGAAAUACCAAAAAAAAAAAAAAGAAAUUUAUGAUUAAUUGAUUAUUAGACCAUAUUAGAGAGUGAGACGCAGCUCCCUUUUACAUAAACUUUAGCAGCAAUAACGCAAGUAAUCGCCAGAUAGUCUACUGUUAAGUAGCAUAAACGACCAAUAGGAGGAUACGUAUUAUUUCUAAUUCGUACUGAGUAAGUCUAACGAGUACGUAAUUACGGCACUUUGCUCAAUACCACCGAUUAGGACGUCAGAAAGACACAAACACAUACACACACACACGUACACACACCGUUCUUUCCAUAGCGUUUUUCCAUAAUGUAAACCUUCGUAACUUAACUGCGUUUAGACGAACAAAUGCGCGCGGCCGGUCACGGUUACUCUUUAUAAAUAAUUUAUGGAUAUCUUUCCUCCGCGCUGACAAAUAUUGUGAAUCGAUUCGAGAGUUGAGAGAAAAACAUAAAUAAUUAUUUUGCGUAAACAUCUUAAAUAAGCGACAUACGACGAGAGAGAUGUACCCUCCCUCCCCCCCCCCCAAAAAAAAUACCGGAAUAAUUUCGAGCGUUUCGAGAAGGACGCGAAAAAAACUGUAUCCCAGCAACGUCAAUUAUUUAUGUAGAGUAUGUAGACGAUAUGAAAUUUUUAUCAAUACGCCCGUGCCUCGUAUUGUUUGGACAAUCUAUAAUUCUCGAGUUUAGUUUACCUCGAAGUAACGUUUACAACGCUUACGUUCACAAUCACGAUACUUCUCUUAUAGAAAUUGGCCAAUUACUUAUUUGAAGCAUUAAAAACACUGUUAACAGUAAGUAAUUGAUACUAAAUUGGCCAAUUAUUAAAAGAGUUGCGAUAUGAAGAGAUCCAAAAAGAAAAAAAAAUACGCCUAUGAACGUAAAUGGUUCUUUUCUCGAACAGCUCGACCAUUAUUCUCCCGAUAGAUGAAAACGUGUUCAUUUUUUAUAAUAAUAUCUAAAUAGGGCGAUCAAUUACCCAUGCGAAAUAGAAUUCAUUUUUUCUAAGAUGACAUAACUGAAGGAAAAAUAGAAGAAAAAAGCAAAAAGAAGAUAACAGCAAGAAAAGGAAAAGAGACAUCUUAGUUAUAUAAACCUUAACAUAUAUACCAUAAACAACACACAACUGCCUAGAAUCUGAGAUUAAUAUUAUAUAUAUACAUGAUACUUAUAUAUAUUGCAUUAUAUACAAUUAAUUAAAAAAAAAAAAACAUGUCGAAGCGCACAACAACGAGCGAGUUUGGCAGAACAAGAGUCGUGCGUAUAAAUAGAAAAUAAAUCCAACCGUGACCGAAGUGUACGUACAAGGUAUCCUACCAAAACCAUCGAAACAUAUUUCAAUAGCAGAUGUUAGAUGUGAUUGAAUUACGAAUAAAGAUACAAUUAUCGACGGGCAAAGCUUCAAGAUGAAACACAGACGGGGAAUAAAAACAUUUGAAAUUCAGAUUCCGGUUUUACUUUAAUAACGCUUGGAUUGCCGCAACCCUUGUGGAAGUUUUAAAAAAGAAAAACAAUCGCGACACGAUGGUCUUCCGUAAGAAAUUCCCCGUAAAGAAGUGUCGAGCCCGCGUGAUUGUAGCAGGCCCGUCAUCGGAAUACGUAUAGUUUCAAGAUGCACCGUGUGCAGGAGAUGCGAAAGAGCCGCGAGGCAGUUCGCAACUGUACUCGAGAGACCAUAACGCGGCAUGUUUCUGACCGUAGCUACGAUUUUUCACUUCGUCUGGCGAGAGAAUAAUGCACUCCCGACCACUUACCGCGAAACAAGUUUUGCGGUCGAACGUCGAUACAUCGAGCAAUGCGAGCGCGAAGACAAACGUCGACUGGUCUCCAGCCGGGCAGCCGAUUCCCGCCCGUUAUCUCGGGAAGAAGUUGCCAUAGUUUUGAAAAGUUAAACGCGUCCCGCGGGGAUUCCCGCACUGCGCUUCUCGCCGCGUCAAUAAUUCAAGCGCAAGAAAAAUCAGUCGUUGCCACGACGACGCUCUAGCUCGUCAAACGCACUUUCCUUCUUUCUCCACGAAGAUUCGCUGACCGUAAAAGCUUCUUUCGCUAACCAAGCUCUUCCCGACCCUGGCGCAUUACUGGAAUAAAAUAGUAAUUUCAAUUCGCGAGAGAUCUUUUAUUGGCUCUUGACGUCAAGAACCUUGAGGCGAAGUAACGGCAAUCGUCAUCGACGUGAACGAGUCGAAACGAUGUCGAGCAGUCGCGCAAGUUUUGGUCCAGAAAGGGACACCUGUAAAUUUCCGCGACAAACUUUGACGGAGAUACGACGUGAAACUUUCGCCCGCUCGCAUUUUCGAUUUAUCGCUUUGUCGAACGCUCGAGAUAAAUCCUAGAAAAAGAGGUGACGAUCGCGAGUUGGAGCACUUUAGAAACACCGUUCUGAAGGGCGUCGUCAUUUAACGAGAACUUGGGAAUGAGAAGCGGAAUGGGAGACGUUUUAAAGAGAAAUCUCAUUAUCAACAAAUACAAGUACAAUCAGCAGGAUGCCUCGAGCUGUUCGAUGAUUAUGUACAGCGUGUAAAAGUUUUUAGAAAAAUUUAACUACGUGGCGGGAUGAGAGAGGGAGAGAAAGAGAGAGAGAGAAAGAAUGAGAGUGAAAGAGAGAAAAUGAAAGCGAGAAGAGAUUUGCGAGAUCCAUGCGAUGAAAAUACAUUGUAAUGAUUAAUGCAUGGCCAGAUAUUGAAAACGCUAUAAAAAUGGAGACGAUAGAGAAAGUUUUAAUAAAUUAAUUCUUAAUAUAUAUGAAAAGGGGCAAGAGACACUAUUGAUACCUACUACCUAAGAAACAUAGUAUAUAUAUACGAUAAUAUGCACACAUUUACACAAUCAGAGCGAAAGAUAGUUAGAGAGAAAGAGAGAAAGAGAGAAGAGAGAGAGAGAGAGAGAAAGAGAGAGAGAGAAAGAGAAUAAUAUAAUAAAAACAUAAACACAUGUACAUGGCUACAUCCUAUGAACAUAAUUAUAAAUAUAUACCGAUAUGUGCGUAAUUACAUUAAUAUCUAUGAAAAUUAGGCAUCGAUGUACUUGCGGACGUAAAACGUGCAUGAGAUUAACUCACUUGCUAUUAACUUAUAUGAGAACAGAUAAAUAUAUAUACUAUAUUCAUAGGACAUUCCAGAAUGUUAGCGCUAUUUUCACAAAGUGUUUAAUGUUCAGCUCAUCUUUUCAUAACAAUUCUGUAAUCUUAAUAUUACUUUAUAGCAUUGUAUCGUUUAUAAUUCAAAAGCUUAAUUAAACUCAAAAUUAAUUUUGAUGUUUUUAUCUAAAAAUGACAAAAUUCAAAUCAAAGAAUUCUUAAAGAAAAAAAAAUUGGCGAUAAAAUUCUGGAAUAUCCUACAUGUAUAACGAGAGAAGGAGAGCGAGAAAAAGAAAGAGAGAAGAGAGGAAAAAGUAUGAAUAUAUGUAAAGAAUGUAUGUAUGAAGAAGAUGCAAAGAGAGAGAAUAGGAAUUAAUUAAUUGAGGAUUUUUUAAAGAAGGUCGGGCCGCGUUUUUCGAGUGCACGCUCAUUGGCUUCGACGGACUUAGGAAAAUAUUUACAAAAUGAUACAUUCACUUGAGAGAGGUUUUAGUUAGAGAGUGAGAAAAGUAAUUAAUUAGAUCGUGUAUAAACUAAUUUUAGUAGUUUUGGUUGGUUUGAUGUUAGAAUUGACCCGAGAAAACGUCGAGUAGUCGAUCGUCGCAGGAGCGCGUGAACUGCGGCAAUAAAAUCGAAUCGUAUCACUAAUGAGGUCGUGUCCGCGUAUAAUUAAGGUCAGACUCUUAUCGCGACGGCAGUUUGCAAAACGAUUCUCCCUUAAACUUACACACCGGCUUGUCGAAGCAUAUAACGUAACUUUCCCCUCGCGAUUAAGCGGCUUUACAUUAAUUAGACGCGCUUGUGCUCUGCUAUGAAAACUCAAUUUCACGAUACUAUACUAUAUAAGCCAUUGUAGCAAUGAAUCCGCAACAUUUCUACUCAAUUUCUUAUUAUUAAUAAAUAAUUGUUGAAUUUUUAGCAUAUACGUGUAUAAGUAAAAAAAAUUGUUAAUGAGUAAAAAAAAGUAAGCAUUUAAAGAAAUAUAUUUAAUAAAAAACUAACUCCCAACAGUGAAGUUUGCAAGUAUCAUGGAUUGAGCGUCAUUUUACGGCGUACAGGCCAAGCUAUUGAAAUGAUUAAAUAAUCUUGCAAACUUCGACUGAUGAAUGCGGGAAGUGAUAAUCCGCGACCUCGACGAGGAAGAGAGAUUCGAUUUUACGUGUCGAUUAUUAAAAAUUGUUAAUUCGCGCGACGAAGCGAGUUUCGCGAAGAGCGAACGAAGACGAUCGACGAUUUUAUCUACGUUAAUCUAGAAGACAUUGCUGGAACAAUGAUUUGUACGCCUUCUAUGAAGGACCCUAGAGUACAUUAUGUUACCUAAUACUCGUAAGCACACAUUAUCUAAUAAAUAUUAUUUACAAAAUUA